AUGCGGAGAGAGGAGGCCUGGGAAGCCCCGCCUGGCGGGAAGCAGCGGCCGCGCGUCGCUGGGCAGGUGUCCCGGCAACCCGGGAACGCGCCUCCGCGGGAGGCGCAGGCGGCGGCUGCGGCUUCCCUCUUGCCCUCAGCUCUUCGGUUCCUUGCCUGGCAUUCGGCCGUUCAGCUGCUGUUUGCGAUCUGCAGUACAGAGCUGGAGAAGGUCAAGAGAAAGACUGGCAUGACCACGGUGGAGAGGAGAUACAGUACUAAACAGAAUGAUUUUCUGGAAUCUAAGGGAUGCUCUGCCAACCCAACAUCCUCUGGCAGAAACGUCAGCCCCUCAUCUUCUGUUGAAACAGGUCCAAGUGUCAGUGGGCCUCUCGGCCCCAGGGGAGCAUCUGUUUACCUAGUCCCUGCUGCAGAUUUGGAUCUGCUCUCCUCCUCCUCCUCACAUACUGAUCACUCCUCUGAAACCUCAUUGCCUGAAGUCCCAAAGGAUAAAUAUCCCCAGGAAUUCAGCCUGCUUAAGCUGCAGACAAAAGAUGGACAGCGUCCUGAGUGGACAUUUUACCCGAGGUUUAGCAGCAACCUCCACACCUACCAUGUUGGAAAGCAGUGCUUCUUUAAUGGAGUCUUCCUUGGCAACCGGAGAUCUCUAUCAGAGAGGACAGUGGAAAAGUGCUUUGGAAGGAAGAAAUACGAUAUUGAUCCCAGGAAUGGAAUCCCAAAGUUAACUCCAGGAGAUAAUCCAUACAUGUACCCAGAACGGAGUAAAGGCUUCCACAAAGCAGGAUCAACUCUCCCACCGGUGAAUUUUUCAGUAGUGCCUUAUGAAAAGAAGUUUGAUACAUUUAUUCCACUUGAGCCUCUUCCACAAGUUCCCAACUUGCCUUUCUGGGUGAAGGAGAAGGCCAACAAGCUGAAGAAUGAGAUACAGGAAGUCGAGGAACUUGACAAUUGGCAGCCAGCGGUCCCCUUGCUACAGAGUUUGCUACCUGCUGGUUCUUUGGACUUUCAGAAACAAUCCUGAGCAGAAACAAGUCCAGAAAGUAUGCACUGACUGUCCUCUGAGAGCCUCUUCCCAGUGAUUGCUUCUGUCAGUGUAACUGUUCAAAAUCCAGUGUUGGACUGGGAUGCAGAAUCACCUGUGUUUUGCCCUUUUAUAACUUUAUAUUUUGAAAACUUUCAAACUUACAGAAAAUUUGUGAGAGUUGUACAACUAACAAAUACCUACAUGUUCUUCACCUAGAGUCUACAUUUGUUAACGUUUGUCCAAAAUUGUACACAUUCUCUCUUUUUCUCAUAUUAUUACUAUUAUUAUUUUGCUCAGUUAUCAGAAUAAGUGGCAGGCAUCCUAAUACACCUAUACAUUUCAGUAUGUAUCUCCUAAGGCUAAGGGUAAUCUCUAACAGUCACAAUACAAAUAUCAAAUUCAGGGAAUUUAAUGUAGAUAUGAUACUACUCAAAUAUGAUCCACAUUCAGUUUUUUUCAGUUAAAUUUAGCUUUCUAAGGAUGCCCUUGAAUCAGUGAUAAAAUGCAGACAUUAUGUGAGCUUUCAUUAAUUUUGAUAAAACUAUUCUCAUUUUAUUCAUCCUUUUUGAGAUUUUUAUCUACAGUUCACUAGGUACUAGUCAGAAAAAUGUGCAGGCUGGAUCUCCACCAGGUAAUUAAUCCUACUGCUUCAUCCCCCACUUCAGCAUUGUUUGUCUACACAGUCACACAGGAGAAGAGCUCAGUGAGCCCCAGUCAUGAGUCUUGGGGCCUCUCAUCAAUCAGGCAAGAAGCAGACAUUUAGAGGAAAAACUGGGAAUGAAAGCCAACCCUAAACAGUCAGGCUGUGACUCUCAGCAUUUUCAUAGUCCAUUUCCUUGUCCACUAAGGAGACCCCCCACCCUUCCCGGUUGGCUAAUGAGAGCUGCAGAUCUGUUCUCCCCCAAACCUUCAAGUGGAAAGAGAGAAUUGGGGACUAUGCUGAGACUCAUAGUACCCAAGGUGUGAGACAUGAUUUCUUUUCCCCGUCAAAGCGUUCUCUCCAGAUGCAGCCACAGUGAAUGAGGCAGGCUUAGAACACAGUACAUGUGUGCUUUCUUCAUACGUUGCCUUAGACCAAUGAGCAGAGAACAUGCCAGCUGCCAUCAGCAACUGUGCCCAACCACUCCUUGGGGUGGCAUCAGCCUACCCCUGUGCUCGUGCUCUUGCCCCUGGGACGCAAGGCCCACCCCUACCCCCAACAAAACCCGGAAGAGAGAAGAAAACCAAAUAAUUGAAAAAAGGAAAAAAAGUUGCCAGCA